AACACCGCGACUUGGCCGCUGCUCAAAGCGGCUCCCCGGGGCUAAUUUUAGCAGUAGUCGGUGCGUGCUCGGUGGCCUGUCCGCGCCUAGGGAAUGCGACAUGCAGAACAUGAAGGAGGAGCGGUGGCGUCCUGCCCCCGUGUCUACCCCGUCCACUAGACUGCGAGCUGCUCGUUCCAUGCCCCCUUGGAUGCAACAAGCCCGAGGCACAGCUGUGCCCCCACCACCUCCGCCACCAGUGGUACCACCCUCACCACCAGUGCUGCCUCCACCACCAGAUCCCGACUAUGAGGUCAUCGAGUUUGCCGGUCAACAAGCCUACUCAAAUACACCCCCACCCCGCCCUGCACCACCAGGAAAGCCACGAGGGGAAGGACAGCGCUGUGACCUAUGUGGGUCCUCCGCCCCUGCUGUCCGGUGCGCUCAGUGUUCCCAACAGAACUUCUGUCUCUCCUGUGAUGAAAUGUACCACAGACAUCCCAAGAGGCAGACUCAUAUCCGUAAGCCGUUGGAUAUGGGUAGAGUCCCGACACUACGGCCCCCCCUGCCCCCCAAAGGGGAGAACACCUCAGCCCCUGUGCCCCCGCCACGACGCAACAAACGCUCCGGUCGCAACACCCCAGUUCCACCUGAUCAGGGUCCCGCUAAGCCAGCACUAGGUGUGAUGGGCAGCCUGAAGCGUAUGAUGGGUGGACGACCGCUGCCCCCCGCGCCCCCAAUGGGGAGAGAGCUACGUCUGCCCGCCGCAUCUUCUCCUCUCACAUUCACUGACCUUCCUGACCAUCAGCCACCAAGCCGAGACAGUGGGUAUCUGGAUUGGGAAAUGGACAGUCGGCAUCGUUCUGGCAGUCUCACAGCACUCAACUCUCCUUCUUUCGGUCCAAUCAUGCAUGCUCAGUCAAUGGCCCAACUCAACUGUCCCAGCUGUCACCAUCACGGCAUGGUUUGGGACUGGAACCAGAGCCACAUGACGGCUGGAGGGUUCGGGCCAGCGUGGGGAGGUCUACCCACUGGCACCUGGCAUGGUUCUGCCAUGCUACCACCGUAUCGACCCGAGCCAGAGAUGGCACGCAGGAACAGUCUGAGAGCCCCACCUCGUCGCAGUCGCAGAGACCUCACUACAGAUGACGAGGAGGAUGGCACCUUGCAGAGACGGAGGAACACCUCACCAGUCCGCUCUAGACGAGGACCAAUGAGUGAUGAGUCCGAGGACGAGGUCAUGUCCCACCGAGGCAGUCGAAGACAUCGAAGAAGAAAUUCCCCUGUGUCGAGAAACGCAUCUCCAACCUUAUCAAGACGAGGCUCAAGAAAAAAGAGCUCUGUUGGUGUCGAAGAACUCAUUGCCAGGAGGGUGAAACAGAACGAAGAGGAAGCACUGAGAUCCAGACGAUUUGAUGAUGAGACAAUGUCAAACAGAGGAAGCAGAAGGUAUGACGAUGAAACUAUGUCGAACAGAGGAGGAAAAAGAUACGAUGAUGAAGUGAUGUCGAACAGAGGUGGGAAAAGAUACGAAGAUGAAGUGAUGUCGAACAGAGGUGGGAAAAGAUACGAUGAUGAAGUAAUGUCGAAUAGAGGAGGCCGAAGGUACGAUGAUGAAACCAUGUCAAACAGAGGUGGCAGGAGAUUUGAGGAUGAAAGGUUAUCGAUGAAGAGUGGGAGAAGGCAAGAAUUAGAAGAUAUUAUUUCACAGCGUGGAAACAGACGCAGUGAUUUUGAAGACUCAAUGUCAGGUAGAAGUCAGAAGUUGGAUGACGAUGUUUUGUCAAAUAGAGGUGGAAGAAGAAAUGACUUUGAUGAGACUUUAUCAAACCGUGGAAGUCAGCGAGUUUCAGAUUCGAGAAGAAGACGUCGCUCAUCUCCAAACCAGACUAGAAUGUCUCCUGCAAUGUCAAGGAAAUAUUCGAGAAAUGCAAGCAGUGAAGAUUCGGGUGAUGAAUUGUCAGACGGGAUGAAGAAUUCAUCAUCAAUAACAAAUCAGUCCAAAAGAGAAAUAAGUAAUGAAAUUUCUACUGAAACCUCUGAGCAUAAAGAAGAAGAAGUUGCUUUUUCAAGUGAUGUAGAUAAGCCUCUGGGACCUAUACCUACCGAGGAAUGGGAGUGUGAUCACUGCACGUUUGUGAACCAAGCGGGAAGUCGAGUAUGCAUGGUCUGCUGCAAAACAACAACCAAUCCAAAAUACAAACAACAAAACAAACCACAACGCAAACAACAACCCACACAAAGUAGCUCUCAGGUGGUCAACGCUCCCAAGAAGAUGCGGCAAGAUUCAAGUACUUCACCUUUAAAAGAAGAAAAAGCUCUGAGUGGCAAAAAAGAAGAACAUAAUUUGAAAGAAGACGGUCAAGCCAUACCCUCAACUAAACAAUUUAUAAGCCAAAAUAAUAUUGACAAUGGUGAUCUCUCAGAGAGGCUGAAGAAACAAUUAGUGAUCCCACCAUCCCCACCGGAAAAGAAGAAAGAAAUCGAAGUAGAAAACAAGAAGCCAACUAAGACAACAAUUUCCACUGGAACCUCGCCCCCUCCUCAGAGCAUAUCUACACAGACGUAUGAUGUGCUACAAAAACCAAGACUGAAACGUGCUACCUCCUUGGCAGAUCAUGAACUCUGGAGCAAUCCUCAUCGCAACUUCAGCAGCAGACAAUCUGUCACUAGUGACAGUCAGAGUUUGCCUGUGACUCCUCCUCGAGCCAGGAGUCCGGAGUUCGAGUUUGCUCCGAGGGAGUGGGAACUGAGACACAUGGACGUUCGAAGCCACUCCCAGCUGGCCCGACGACCCUCCGAGCCCGUUCAUAAUCUUUCUAGGCUUAGUCGCCGUUCUUCUGGCUCCCAGCCCCCAGAAUAUCUCAGCACUCUGGUACAGAAGCAGGUCAAGCAGGGUAUGGAGAUGGUGAAACUGCUCAGAGAAGCAGAGGAGCAGCAAUUCAGUGCUGAUGACCUGUCAGUUGCGCUAGCACAAUGUGGGGAUGGAGACCCAAUUGCAUGGUUGCGUGAUAACUGGCGCAACAUGAUCGACACUGUGGUCACACUAGCCACCAACUACGGCCACGAGCGUAAGGAAAACACAGUUGGCACUAUCAGUGCCGCAGAGGCUAGAGAGGCUUUACGACUGCACACGGGCAAUGUCUGGGCGGCUGUCACAGAAUGCGUAGACCAGCGCCAGAAAAAGUACGCUGAGUUGAUGUCACGUGGCAAUUUCACCCGAGAGGACAUAGUGACAGUGUUGACAGCCAACCAUGGCAACCUGGAAGCUGCGUACUUGGAGCUCAACAAGUCGCAGCUUAAGCCAUUCCUCAUGCGUAUCUGGGGGCCUCCGCAGGGGUCGGACAACGAGAGUGGCAACGUGCUGCGGCAAGAUGAGAAAGUGUUUGUGGAGGGACAGGGGCGUGAGGUGGAUGAGGAGGUGAGUGAUACUAACUUUCACCGUAUCAAGUCGUGGCUGGACACUUACGUGCAUCGGUCGUUAGAUAAUCAUGAACCUAGCCAGCCGCAGUCUCGUGACUCGGCUUCCAAGCAACCACAGAGCCCUCUGGUUGAUAAUAUUCCCAAUACACCCCCAGAGAUCCCCCCGAGGAGGAAAAUAUCUAAAGUAGAAAAUCCUGUUGAGGAUCAGCCUCUAUCAUCCUUAAUGUUUUCUUAA